AUGGAGGAUAACAAUUCGCAUACAGGCCAGUACCGCUCGGCUUGCGCUGAGUGCCAUCGCAGGAAGCAAAAGUGCAACCGAGAAUGGCCCUGCAACCACUGCCAGAAGCGCAAGGUCGCAGAUAAAUGCCGCUUCAUUCAGGGCAACACUGCCAGCUCACCCUCUGACAGUCUCACGCCGGGUAGCGAGAAAAAGCGUUCUCGCAGCCGAGAGGAUGAUGGCGAACCCGAGAGUUCCGAACCUGAUGAGGACGACGACGAUGUUGGACUUGGGGCGAUGGGAUAUGCCGCUGGACCCCUCUUCGAGUCUUUGACUAUCGACCCAAAGAAGGAUAAGAAACCUCUAGGCGAGCUAACCUGGGUUCAUCCUCGUACCUGUCCUCAGCUUAAGCAUGCAAUCGAUGUUCUGCCAGGACGCCCCCAGAUGGACGCUCUGGUCCAAAGCUUCUUUAACAACAUGAAUUAUCAUUACUAUAUCAUUUAUCCUCCUGUCUUCCUUCAAGAGUAUCAAGAAUGGUGGGAUUGCAGGUCUCGCAACCAGCCACUCUCAUUGCAGUGGACAAUCCUGCUAGUUAUGGUCUGCGCAUGUGCCACCCAGCACCUAGACGUCGACAUGAAACCUAUCAUUGAGGUUCAGUUAUCGGAGCCCUCCGACAAGCUAUCGGUAGAGUAUCACAAAGCCGCUACAGAACUUGGGAGGGUGAUUCCUCUUGGCCAUUGCCAUCUCCUCAACAUUCAAUGGAUGCUUCACUCUAUCUACUGGUACAAGUCUGAGGCAAAAUUUGUUGAAGCUUGGCAUGUCAUCGGUGCUGCUGUUCGCGAGGCACACGAGCUAGGUCUUCACCGAACUGCCAUUGCCGAAGGUUUAUCUGAAUUUGAGCGAGAGAUGCGUCGCAGAGUGUGGUGUGUCUUGGAUUGCUGGGACUGGCAAUUUGCUUCUGGCCUGGGCCGGCCGACGAUUAUCGACCAUAGCGACAUCAACGUGGAGCCACCGAGUCUGGCACUGGAAGAUUUCUCACCAUCGCCACUCCUACACAUGAAACUCCAAUCAGAGCUGGUCACACAACUAGCACAGCGAUGGGGUGCUCCCAAAAACAUCACCUCCGCAAACGAUAUUCAAGAGUAUAAGGCUACGCUUGAGCAAUGGAUAGGACGUUUCCCCGCCGUGUACGAUGUGGACAAUCCCGACACGUCCAAGGACAUGAAGUACAGUUGGAUUGUCUUUCACCGUUUCUACCUUCACACAAUGGCGUAUCUGAUGAUCCUGAACCCGAUGCGAUCGUUUAUGGCACAGGUUUACACGAAGAACUCCUCAGAGGAGGUUUUGGCCGUUCGAAACGACGCUGUCAAGUAUUCUUUGAAGAAUUUGGAAACUACUAACCAAUGGGCCAACCAUGCUUCACAUCGGGACGGCAGGUUUCAUUUCAUCAUCUUCUCGCUAUUCGAUACAGCAGCCGUUCUCUCCACUGCUAUUAUUAAGGACCAUGACGACACGAUUCCGAGGAAGGACGAGAUCAUCGACUCAGUGGAUAGUUCGAUAAAGCUGUUGAAGCGCCUCAAGUUGUUAUCAAAAACUGCAAAGACUUCUCACGACAUCCUGGUGAAGAUGGCCCAGAAGAUGCCUCGAAAAUCGCCACCUCAACGCGAGCCCGUUUCUCGUAAGAAACAGCGAGUCGCACAAGCAUCUAGAGCGGAGCCGGUCAGCAAUCAUAACCAAGAAGUUUACUAUAAGCCAGAUCCCGGAUACCAACCCGAGAAAGAGUCGCAGGAAAGCUCGCCAAGUUAUUAUGGAAGCUCCGAAGGUGCUGGUGCAGAAUCGACGCCCCCGAGCAAUUACUCGCAUGAUGCUCACGACCAUGCCGCCUAUGCCCCGACUACCCAAGUCCCACUGGAAGGAUACGCCAAACCGCAGAUGUCUUACAACGUAGGAGCUGCGCCACACCAAGUCCCAUCUCCCAGUGCCGGAAUCGAUGGAAUUAUGCAAAGCGGUGGUCUCUACGCAAUGAAUCAAAUGGAUCACCAAGUUGCCGGCAUGGUGCCUCAGCAAUACGUCGACUAUCAGGCUCAGGACCUGAACGUGGACUACGGCCUGGGAACUAUAACGGACGUCGACCUAGGCGAUUUCUCACAGUUGUGGGAUUGGAGAAGUCUAAAUUUGGACUUUAUCCACAGUUCAUCAUAA